AUGGCCUCAUCCCGUUGGUGGCUAUACUGCCAGGCCCUUCUUUGGCGUUUCCUAAUGCGCAUUGGCAUGUUUCUGCAUGACCUGCCUCCGCCACGGCCGCCCCGACCGUUGUUCACCCGCACCGUUAAGUCCGAUAGCCACGGCCACUCGGUGGUCCUCCAUUUCUACUGUCCGCCCAACUAUCACCAACAACGUCGACUCGGCCACCGAUACCCGGUCGCUGUCAAUUUCCACGGUGGCGGGUUCACUCUCGGAUGUGCGACGGACGAUGCUCGAUGGGCCCAGGCCGUGCUGGACGGGGUCGGGGCGGUCCUGGUGAGCGUCAGUUACCGCCGAGCACCAGAGCAUCCGUUCCCCGCAGCGGUGGAUGAUGGCGUCGAGGCGCUGCUCUAUCUGGCCGCGCAUGCUGCAGAACUGGGCCUGGACGUAAGCCGGGUCGCGCUGAGCGGGUUCUCGGCAGGCGGCAACCUGGCCGUUACGGUGCCGCUGCGUCUGCGGGGACGAGUCUCCACCGUGGUCAAGGAGCGCCUGGGCCGGGCUGAAUCGACGCAGCGGCUCGUGGACCAGACAAGCGAUCUCAAUGUCGUCGCCCUGUUCUGCUGGUAUCCGAUCCUCGACUUCCAGGAGUCGCGCGACCAUCGCCGCGCCAUGAGCCUCAUGCCUGAUAAGACCUUGCCUGCAUUUUUCACCUCUCUUUUCGAUGAGUCCUACCUCCCCGACCUCGACGAACGAGCAUCCCCCUUUGCCUCUCCCGUCCGCGCCUCCGAUCGCAUUCUGGCCGAGGCCCUGCCCCAUGACGUGUUCCUGUACAUCUGUGAAUGGGACAUGCUGAUGAAGGAGGGCCAGUCUUUCGUCCGCCGCUUGGAGAGUCUAGGGAAGCGGGUUCGUGCCAUGAUGAUCGAGAAGGCCCAACAUGGCUGGGACAAAUCGCCCAACCCGUUCCGUGACCAGGGCAGCGUGGAUAUCCUGUACCGCGAUGCCUGCGCGGACAUGAAGGCAAUAUUCGAGCGGUGA